AUGGGAUCCUUGGGAGAGCCAUCUUUGACCUUCAAGCCACUGCACCCAACAUUUGGCGCUGCCGUCGAGGGUGUUGACUUUUCCAAACCAGUGCCAGCAGAAGUACUUGAAGAGAUCAAGAAAGGGGCAGAUCGAUUUGGUGUUCUUGUGUUUCGAGGCGCACAUCUCAACAACGAGACUCACAUCGACUUUUCGAAGUCUCUAGGAGACCCAAACCUUUAUGAUGUAUCCGCGCACAUCAAGGCAGGGAGGAAAAUGCGGUUCCCUGAGCAACCUGAGAUUUUCGACGUGAGCAAUGUCGACGACAAGGGGAAUAUUGUUACCGACGCAGAUCCAGCCCGCAAGGAAGGGAAUAAGGGGAACUUCCUGUGGCACGCGGAUAUGGUCUAUAACCCACGUCGGGCUCUGUACUCCCUGCUCCGUGCAGUAGAGCUUCCCCCUAAAGGGAGCGGAGGCGAAACGCAGUACCUUGACUCGAGGACGGCAUACGACGAACUUCCACAAGACUUGAAGGACGAGAUUGAACCCUUAAUCACCAACAACUCACUCAUGCACAACCGAAAGCUAGGGUCGCCGGAGUUCUUCAAGCACAUCGAGCCUUUGGAUCAGCCAAUGGCACGCUAUAAACUGGUCGCCCCUCACGAAGGCUCGGGACGCAAGAAUCUAUACAUGACGACCUACGCCCAUCAUCUCGACGGCAAGACCUGGGAGGAGAGCAAGAUACUCUUUGACAGGCUCUGGGAUCACCUCAUCCAGGAGAAGUACAUCCUAACCAUCUACUGGGACAAUAACGGCGACAUGGUCAUGUGGGACAACACCGCUGUCUUGCAUCGUGCAACAUCCACCGGCAGUUACGGCGAGAAAUAUGUGCGUGAUAUGCGUCGCACCACCACCAAGGACAACAGCGCAUACAGCUGGGGAGAAAACGAUCCCAAUGACCCUUGGGAGGCUGGCAUCUCGCAGAAGAGGCCGUGA